AUGGUGGCAGCAGCGCGCGGCGACGCAACAGCAGCAGCAGCGCGAGAGCCGCCGUCAUGUGCGGCGACGGUGGGCAUCUGGUCGAUGAACGUGGUGGGGUCGGUGGGGAUCAUCAUGGUGAACAAGCAAGUCAUGUCCGGAUACGGCUUUGUAUUCGUCAGCACACUGACGGGGAUGCACUUCGCGCUCACAGCCCUAACGGGGGUCGCAUCAGCGUGCGCGGGGCUGGUCCCCAGGCAGCUCAGCGUGCCCCUCCCCGUGCUGCUGGGCUUCGCUCUUCUCGGCAACGCCAGCCUCGUCGCCACCAACCUCUCGCUCCUCCUCAACUCCGUCGGAUUCUACCAGAUCUCCAAGGUCAGCAUCAUCCCGACCGUCUGUUUCUUCGAGGCUGUCUUCAAGGGGCGAUCGUUCACCCCGCGGGUGAAAGCAGCCGUCGCAGUGGUCAUGCUGGGCGUCGCCCUCUGCACUGUCUCGGAAAUCCAUGUCAACCCGCUGGGACUAGCUGUGGCUGCUUUUGCUGUGCUCUGCUCGGCCAUGCACAUGAUGCUGAUUGGUCUGCUCCAAGAACGAUACUCCAUUGGCUCCUUCGAUCUCCUCAGCCAAUCAGCACCUCUCCAGGCCUUCAUGCUGCUCCUCAUCGGUCCUUCCCUCGACCUCCUCCUCACCUCCCGCUCCCUCCUCGACUACCAUUACCAGCCCUACGCCAUUGUCUUCAUAACUCUCUCCUGCUGCCUAGCAGUGGUCUGCAAUCUCAGCGCCUACCUCUGCAUCGGGAAAUUCUCCGCCUCGACUUACCAGGUGUUAGGCCACAUGAAGACCGUGCUAGUGCUCGUGCUGGGAGUGGUGCUAUUCGACUCUGCCAUCUCCCUUAAAGGCAUCCUCGGCAUGUGUAUAGCGGUCACAGGAAUGGUCAUGUACGGCCAUGCCACUGCCACUCAGGCGAGUGCUUCAGGAGGAGGAUUGGGAGGGGGAGGAGCAGUGGUGACGGGAAUAAAAGUGGGGCGAGGAAAGGGAGAAGCAGGAUUGGCAGGGGGGGAGGAGGGUGAGAGGGAAGGGAUUCCUCUUCUCAGUAUCGUGGUUGGGUCAGAGGAUGAGGAAACGGACGAGGAGGAUGAGCGAGACGGUGAGAAGGGGUCGCUGAGGAAGCAGAGUAUAGAUAGAGCGGGUGAUUGGAUUGACGUCCCAAAAGCCUAUUCAAAGACCGGAAGUCCCGUCGAUAGGCCUUCUGGUGUUGCCGCAUCCAGAACGGUUAUCGGAUUCUAG